CUCCAUGCCUGUGACAUUGAGCCAAAAUUGCCGUGUUGGAUACUCAGGUCUGCAUACAGAAGCGUUUGAACAUUCUUUUGACUACGAAGCCUUCACGCAGUUGAUCUGAGCUCCAGUACACAGACUGUUGAGACUUACAUCACAUACCGUCAAAGCAUAUUCUCACUGUAGGUUGACUCUUCCAGCGCGCCUUCUACCCUCAAAAUAACGCUAGUAUAUCAUGCCAUCGAAAGAUGUGGAUUACUCGUGUUAUCUCGUUACGGACAGUACGCCUGCCAUCCUGGGCGAUAAAGACCUGGUGGCUGUCGUGAAAGCAGCGGUCGAAGGAGGCGCCACAAUCGUACAAUAUCGCGACAAGACCUCCGAAACGGCCGAGCUAGUGCAAGUGGCGAAGCAGCUACACCAAAUUACGAAGCGAGCUGGUGUGCCGCUUCUUAUCAAUGACCGCGUAGACGUGGCACUCGCUGCUGGAGUGGAGGGCGUGCACGUGGGCCAGGAUGACCUCGACCUCAAGACCACCCGCCGAAUUCUGGGUCCUGAUGCCAUCAUCGGCAUCACGGCGAACACUCUCGAGGAAGCGCUCGAGGCGGCCAGAGAUGGUGCCGACUACUUAGGUAUUGGUACCGUCUACGCCACCCCUACCAAAGAGAACACGAAAUCCAUCAUCGGCGCAGCAGGCGUCCAGCAGAUACUGACCGCUCUGGCUUCCGCUGGCCAUGAUGAAGUGAAGACUGUCGCAAUCGGGGGGAUCAACGCCCGGAAUGUUCAACGCAUCAUGUACCAAUGUGCAUCUCCCGAGAAGAAGCUCGAUGGCGUUGCAGUAGUCAGCGCUAUUAUGGCCUCAGAUGAUCCGAAAGACGCGACGCAACACCUUUGUAAGCUGAUCAGCCAGCCGCCUCCGUUCGUUACUCCUGUAUCGAGAGGUAAGCUCACUCGCGACGAGCUUGUGGCAAAAGCACCUGUGAUCGUGAAACGCAUGGCCCAAGCGAAGCCUCUUUGCCACAACAUGACCAAUCUGGUGGUACAGAACUUUGCGGCGAACGUGGCUUUAGCAGUCGGCUCCUCGCCCAUCAUGUCCAACAAUGGCCUUGAGGCUGCCGACCUUGCAGCAUUAGGCGGAAGUCUCGUCAUCAACAUGGGUACCACAACCCCCGAGAUGCGCGAGAAUCAUCUUAGGGCGCUCGCAGCGUACAACGCCGUUGGAAGUCCGACGCUCUUGGAUCCUGUCGGUGCAGGUGCAACGGCGCACAGGCGAGAAGGUGUCAAGGCGCUCAUGGCAGGUGGCUUCUUCGACGUCAUAAAAGGGAACGAAGGCGAGAUACGUACUGUGUCCGGAGCACAGGGUGUCAAGCAGCACGGCGUUGACAGUGGAGCCUCGCAGCUUAGUCUUGAGGAUAGAAUUCGGCUUGUCAAGGGCACAGCUGCGCGCGAGCGAAACAUUAUCCUCAUGACAGGCAGCACGGAUGUCAUCUCGGACGGCGAGCGAACAUUCACCAUCAACAACGGUCACCCGUACCUUGGCGAAAUCACGGGCAGUGGCUGCACCCUUGGGACUACCAUCGCAAGCAUGAUGGCGGCAGAGAGGGAAGACAAGCUGCUCGCGGCCUUGACUGGCAUUCUAAUGUAUGAGAUUGCGGCCGAACGCGCAGGCGUGCGCGAAGAAGUGAAGGGCCCGGGUACCUUCGUACCUGCCUUCAUCGACGAGCUGUACCGCAUCCGACAAGAAUGCGUCAACAACGAAACAAGAUGGGCGCAAACUGCGAAGGUGGACUUAGUCUGAUAAGCUGACACCAGACCCACCGCUCAUAGCUUACUCUUCCCACCGAACACAACACCUUCAACCCACUCGCAGAUAAUCGCAUUAGUUUGUUUUGGCGUAUGCCACAGCGCCCAAUGACUAGCAUCCACCUCGCCUCGCGUGAGGUUUGGGAUGGCUUUCUCCAUGUUCUUGCUCAUUUCCGGUCGCAGGAUAUCAUCCCGCAAUGCCUGGACGAAGAGCACAGGCUGUUGCAAGCCUCGGCGGCAUUCAGACGGCAUGGAGAGCUCCUGCUCCCAAUUCACUUUGCGUGUACGAUACCAAUUGCAUGGUCCGUUGACGCCAUUGCGAGCAAAUUCUCGUACGUAGUAGUCGAGCUC